UAUCAGCCUAGCACGGUCUCGCUGGAGACCGUUGAACAACGACGAUACUGCUGCGAGGCAUUCUUCGCUCUACACGAUCUUGCCUUCGAUUUCCAUCUGCACAGUUUGUACCCGACACCAAGAGAUACGCGCAUAUAGGCAACACUAGCAGGAUGGCGGCUUCUAAUGGGCCUAUCGAGCUUGCAAAGACAGGAAAACGUGACUACCUCGUCGCUCUCGAGAAGAAGUAUCAGGCACAAUGGGCGGACCAGAAGCUGUUUGAGGCUCACCCUCCUGCACCUGGUGAGUCUGAGCAGGAGAAAUGGAUGGGCACAUUCCCCUUUGCGUACAUGAACGGGUCGUACCAUCUUGGGCACGCGUUUACCAUCAGCAAGAUCGAGUUCGAUGCUGGGUUCCAGAGGAUGCUCGGGAAGAGAGUGCUUUUCCCAAUGGGAUUCCAUUGUACGGGCAUGCCGAUCAAGGCAGCAGCAGACAAGCUUAUCAGGGAGAUGGAGCUCUUCGGUGCCGACUUUGAGCACUUCGCCCCUGAAACAGAGGACGGGGAGGCCAUUCACCCGCCCGUUGAGCCCAACCCGCCUGCCUCGAUCGACAAAGCCAAGAAGGGCAAGGUCGCUGCCAAAGCUACGGGGCUGACGUACCAGUUCCAGAUUAUGGAGAGUAUCGGUGUGCCUAGGGAGGAGAUCAAGCGGUUUGCGGACCCGUAUCAUUGGCUGGGGUACUUCCCGCCUAUUGCCAUCGAGGACGCGAAGAGCUUUGGAGCAAGGAUCGACUACCGCCGGUCGUUUAUCACCACCGACGUGAACCCGUACUUUGACAGCUUCGUCCGAUGGCAAAUGAACAAGCUGCACGGGAUGCAGAAAGUGCAGUUUGGCGAGCGGUACACCAUCUACAGUCCCAAAGACGGACAACCAUGUAUGGACCACGACCGUGCGAGCGGAGAAGCCCUCGGACCGCAGGAGUAUACCGCACUGCGCAUGCAGGUCGUUUCCCUCCCUCCCGCCGCGCAAGUCCUGCAUGACAAGGCGGGGGGGAGGACGAUCUACCUCGUCGCUGCUACCCUGAGGCCGGAGACGAUGUACGGCCAGACGAACUGUUUCGUGGGCACGGCGAUCAAGUACGGGCUCUUUGUCGCCAACGACAAGGAGGCAUAUGUAUGCACCUAUCGCGCAGCAAGGAACAUGGCUUUCCAAGGCUGUACCCUCCCGCGCGGUGAGGUAACCCAGCUCGCAGAGGUGGACGGUGCUGUCCUCGUCGGAGCGCGGAUCAAAGCUCCCUUCGGGAUCAACCCCGAGGUCUACGUCCUGCCCAUGGAGAACGUCCUCGCUACCAAAGGCACGGGUGUGGUCACUUCCGUUCCCUCUGACUCGCCAGACGACUACCAGACGCUUAUGGACCUCCGGAAGAAGGCCGAGUUUUAUAAGAUCGACCCUUCUUGGGCCGCACUCGAGCCUAUCCCCGUUAUCAACACUCCGACAUAUGGCGACCUCACCGCGCCCACGCUGUGCAAGCAGCUGAAGAUCCAAAGCCAGAAGGACGUCAAGCAACUCGCGGAGGCUAAGGAGCUCGCAUACAAGGAGGGAUUCUAUAGCGGUACGAUGCUCGUUGGCGAGUUCAAGGGCGAGCCCGUGCAAGAGGCAAAGGGCAAGGUCAGGGAAAAGAUGAUCGAGGCUAGCCUAGCCUUUGCAUAUGCUGAGCCGGAGGGCCUUAUCAUCAGCCGUAGCGCGGACGAGUGUGUUGUCGCCCUCGUCGAUCAGUGGUAUAUCGACUACGGCGAGCCGGUGUGGAAGGAGCAGGCGGAGAAGCUCCUCGGGAAGAUGAACACCUACUUUGACGAGACGAGGCACGCGUUCCAGGGCACGCUCAGCUGGCUGAACAAGUGGGCUUGUGCGCGUACUUACGGCCUGGGGUCGAAGCUUCCCUGGGAUCAGAAAUGGCUAGUUGAGUCCCUCAGCGAUUCGACGAUCUAUAUGGCGUACUAUACCGUGGCGUACCUUCUCCAGGGCGGUGUGAUUGACGGUCACAAGGUCGGCCCGCUCGGCGUAAAAGCAGAGCAGAUGACCGACGAGGUCUGGGAGCACAUCCUCUGCGACGGACCAUAUCCCGAGCAAUGUCCGAUCAGCAAAGAGCAGAUAACAACUAUGAAGCGCGAGUUCAACUACUGGUACCCGAUGGACAUCCGGUCCUCUGGCAAGGACCUGAUCAACAAUCAUCUUACGUUCUGCAUCUACAACCACGCGGCUAUCUUCCCUGAGGAGAAGUGGCCUCUCAGCAUGCGUGCGAAUGGCCAUCUGAUGCUUAACGGAAAGAAGAUGUCCAAAAGCACCGGAAACAGUCUCACGAUGCGGGACAGUAUCCAGAAGUUCGGUGCGGACGCUACACGUGUGGCGCUCGCAGAUGCCGGUGACGGUAUCGAGGACGCAAACUUCGAGGAGACCACCGCGAACGCUGCUAUCCUCCGUCUGCAUACCCUCAUGACUUGGUGUGAGGAGAUGGUGGAAACCAAGAGCACACUCCGGACUGGCCCGAAGACGUUCCACGACGACGUCUUUGAGAACGAGAUCAAUAACCUUAUUGAGAUCACUAAGAAGAACUACGACGCCACGAGCUUCAAGGACGCGCUCAAGUAUGGGUUCUAUGAGCUGCAAUCUGCUCGUGACGCUUACCGUGAGAUGACGGCGGAUGCGAAUAUGCACGCAGACCUCGUCGAAUACUUCAUACGCAUCUCUGCCCUCCUAGUCUGCCCUAUCGCUCCGCACUUCUCUGAACAUCUGUGGACGAUCGUGCUCAAGGAGCCCAAGUCAGUCCAAGUCGCCCUCUAUCCUGCACCGUCUAAGCCCGUCCACCACACUCUCCUUGACGCUGCCGCCUACUUCCGUGAUACAGUCAAAGCCAUUCGUGAUGCUGAGAUGUCCCUUGGAAAGCGGAAGGGUAAGAGCACUGCCCCAGUGGUAGAUCCAUCCAAGCCCAAGGCCCUGCGCAUCUUUGUGGCCAGCGCGUUCCCACAAUGGCAGGACGCAUGCGUGAAGGCGGUCAAGGACUCGUUUGACGGGACGACUGGUACAGUCGAUGACGCCAAGGUACGACAACUGCUUGGUGCUGCUGGCCUGAUGAAGGAGAAGCGGGCGAUGCCGUUUGUGCAAGCAUUCAAGAAGCGGAUAGGGCAAUUCGGUGCCAAGACGGCUUUCAAUCGAACUCUGCCAUUCCAUGAGAUGGAUGUUCUCCAGGCCAAUCUCCCCUACCUGCAGCGGACAUUCAACUGCGAGAAAGUCGACAUCGAACUAGCAGAUGAGGCCCGUGCGAAGGCCGGCCAGCCGACAUAUUCCGCGGCUGUGAUCGAUACCGCCGAGCCCGGCUCACCGAGCUUCACCUUUUAUAACAUCUGAUUUUCUUUGUGCUGUGUAGCAAUUACUAGAAUCUAAUGCAAUUACUUCAGGAU